GAAACGCUGAUGGACUCCACCACUGCCACGGCGGAGCUGGGCUGGAUCGUGCAUCCUCCAUCAGGGUGGGAAGAGGUGAGCGGCUACGACGAGGACAUGAACACAAUCCGCACGUACCAGGUGUGCAAUGUGUUUGAGUCGAGCCAGAACAACUGGCUACGGACCAAGUUCAUCCGGCGCCGCGGCGCCCACCGCAUCCACGUGGAGAUGAAGUUCUCGGUGCGCGACUGCAGCAGCAUCCCCAGCGUGCCCGGCUCCUGCAAGGAGACCUUCAACCUCUAUUACUAUGAGGCCGACUUUGACUCGGCCACCAAGACCUUCCCCAAUUGGAUGGAGAAUCCGUGGGUGAAGGUGGACACCAUCGCGGCCGAUGAGAGCUUCUCCCAGGUGGAUCUGGGUGGCCGGGUCAUGAAGAUCAACACCGAGGUGCGAAGCUUCGGGCCCGUGUCCCGCAGCGGCUUCUACCUGGCCUUCCAGGACUACGGCGGCUGCAUGUCCCUCAUCGCCGUGCGCGUCUUCUACCGCAAGUGCCCCCUCAUCAUCCAGAAUGGCGCCAUCUUCCAGGAGACGCUGUCGGGGGCCGAGAGCACGUCGCUGGUGGCCGCCCGGGGCAGCUGCAUCGCCAAUGCUGAGGAGGUGGACGUGCCCAUCAAGCUCUACUGUAACGGGGACGGCGAGUGGCUGGUGCCCAUCGGGCGCUGCAUGUGCAAAGCGGGCUUCGAGGCCGUGGAGAAUGGUACCGUCUGCCGAGGUUGCCCAUCUGGAACCUUCAAGGCCAACCAGGGGGACGAGGCCUGCGCCCACUGCCCCAUCAACAGCCGGACCACGUCCGAAGGGGCCACCAACUGCGUCUGCCGCAACGGCUACUACCGAGCAGACCUGGACCCCCUGGACAUGCCCUGCACAACCAUUCCCUCCGCACCCCAGGCCGUGAUCUCCAGUGUCAACGAGACCUCGCUCAUGCUGGAGUGGACCCCGCCCCGCGACUCGGGAGGCCGCGAGGAUCUCGUCUACAACAUCAUCUGCAAGAGCUGCGGCUCGGGCCGGGGUGCCUGCACCCGCUGUGGGGACAACGUGCAGUACGCACCCCGCCAGCUGGGCCUGACCGAGCCGCGCAUUUACAUCAGCGACCUGCUGGCCCACACCCAAUACACCUUCGAGAUCCAGGCCGUGAACGGCGUCACCGACCAGAGCCCCUUCUCACCUCAGUUCGCUUCCGUGAACAUCACCACCAACCAAGCAGCUCCAUCGGCCGUGUCCAUCAUGCACCAGGUGAGCCGCACCGUGGACAGCAUCACCCUGUCGUGGUCCCAGCCCGACCAGCCCAAUGGCGUCAUCCUGGAUUAUGAGCUGCAGUACUAUGAGAAGGAGCUCAGUGAGUACAACGCCACAGCCAUAAAAAGCCCCACCAACACGGUCACCGUGCAGGGCCUCAAAGCCGGCGCCAUCUAUGUCUUCCAGGUGCGGGCACGCACCGUGGCGGGCUACGGGCGCUACAGCGGCAAGAUGUACUUCCAGACCAUGACGGAAGCUGAGUACCAGACGAGCAUCCAGGAGAAGCUGCCACUCAUCAUUGGCUCCUCGGCGGCUGGCCUGGUCUUCCUCAUUGCCGUGGUUGUCAUCGCCAUCGUGUGUAACAGAAGACGGGGGUUUGAGCGUGCCGACUCGGAGUACACGGACAAGUUGCAGCACUACACCAGCGGCCACAUGACCCCAGGCAUGAAGAUCUACAUCGACCCUUUCACCUACGAGGACCCCAACGAGGCCGUGCGGGAGUUUGCCAAGGAAAUUGACAUCUCCUGCGUCAAAAUUGAGCAGGUGAUCGGAGCAGGGGAGUUUGGCGAGGUCUGCAGUGGCCACCUGAAACUGCCAGGCAAGAGGGAGAUCUUUGUGGCCAUCAAGACGCUCAAGUCGGGCUAUACCGAGAAGCAACGCCGGGACUUCCUGAGUGAGGCCUCCAUCAUGGGCCAGUUCGACCACCCCAACGUCAUCCACCUGGAGGGUGUUGUCACCAAGAGCACGCCUGUGAUGAUCAUCACCGAGUUCAUGGAGAACGGCUCCCUGGACUCCUUCCUCAGGCAAAACGACGGGCAGUUCACAGUCAUCCAGCUGGUGGGCAUGCUCCGGGGCAUCGCGGCCGGCAUGAAGUACCUGGCGGACAUGAACUACGUGCACCGCGACCUGGCCGCCCGCAACAUCCUCGUCAACAGCAACCUGGUCUGCAAGGUGUCUGACUUUGGGCUCUCACGCUUUCUGGAGGACGAUACCUCAGACCCCACCUACACCAGCGCCCUGGGCGGGAAGAUCCCCAUCCGCUGGACGGCCCCAGAAGCCAUCCAGUACCGAAAGUUCACCUCGGCCAGCGACGUAUGGAGCUAUGGUAUCGUCAUGUGGGAGGUGAUGUCCUACGGGGAGCGGCCCUACUGGGACAUGACCAACCAGGACGUCAUCAACGCCAUAGAGCAGGACUAUCGGCUGCCGCCGCCCAUGGACUGCCCCAGCGCCCUGCACCAGCUCAUGCUGGACUGCUGGCAGAAGGACCGCAACCACAGGCCCAAGUUCGGCCAGAUCGUCAACACGCUGGACAAGAUGAUCCGCAACCCCAACAGCCUCAAAGCCAUGGCGCCUCUCUCCUCUGGAAUCAACCUGCCACUGCUGGACCGCACGAUCCCCGACUACACCAGCUUUAACACGGUGGCCGAGUGGCUGGAGGCCAUCAAGAUGGGGCAGUACAAGGAGAGUUUCGCCAACGCAGGCUUCACCUCCUUUGACGUCGUGUCGCAGAUGGUGAUGGAGGACAUUCUCCGGGUUGGGGUCACCUUGGCCGGCCACCAGAAAAAAAUCCUGAACAGUAUCCAGGUGAUGCGGGCACAGAUGAACCAGAUCCAGUCCGUGGAGGUUUGACGUUCACCGGCCUCAGCUCGCCUCUUCCUCCAGGCCCCGCCCCCUCCGCCCACGCCCCGCCCCCUGGCUCUCCGUCCACCGCGGGGCCAGCCCCUGCAGGGAGGCCGCGGACCACAGGGAGAACCACGCAGCGCCCCGGCCGUGAGACGUCACCACGAGCACGUGCAACUCAGAUGAUGGAAAAAAGGGAAUGGGGACAAAAGAAAAUAGAUCCUGGGAGGGGGCGGGAAAUACAAGGAAUAUUUUUUAAAGAGGAUUCUAAUAAGGAAAGCGAUCAUUGUUCCUGGGGAAAAAAAGGGCUUGGGAGAUCCCUGCGAUUUGUCCAAUCGGAGACCAAAAGCAGUUUCUCUCCAACUCCCUCUGGGAAGGUGACCUGGCCAGAGCCUAGAAACACUUUCAGGAAAACAAAUGUGAAGGGGAGCUGCACGGGCCACCCUUCUCUCCUGUCCCCAGGCUGUUCUUCCAGACCCUGCUCAACAGCCACGAGCCGGGCGGACGGGCGGACGGGCAGGCGAUGGACAGGCAGCCACCCCGGCAACCACUCUGGGAAAGCCCGUUCCCACUGCCACUGGGCAAACAGAAGAAUUUUUCAGUCUUUGGAGAAUAUUUCAGAAACUCCAAUGAAAGAGGCUUGUUUCUCCCGUCGGCACAUGGGGCUGAAAAGGGGCUUUUGUCCUCCUGGGUCAGGGAGAAAGGUCACCUUCCUGAGGAUGGCCGCCCCCAGGUCUGCGGCUCCACGCCCACCCCGGCCCGCUGGGUGCCCACCCCGCCAGCCCCCACCUGGAGGACUGCAGUGACUGCCGUCAGCUACGACUGCCACUGAGGAUUGCUCCUGCGUCUGGGUUUGUUUACAGCGAUUGGUGGACUCGGGGGCGUUUGGUCAGGGGCGGAUUUGGUUUGGGGGGGGGUGUGUGCUGGUUUUUUUAUGACAAUGAAGUGACACUUGGACAUUUUCCUCCCUUUUGAGGACUUGAUCCUUCUCCAGGAAGAAGGGCUUUCUGCUUACUGACUUAGGCAAUACACCAAGGGCGAGAUUUUAUAUGCACAUUUCUGGAUUUUUUAUAUGGUUUUCAUUGACACCCUUUCCUCCUCCCCCCCGAGUAGAGUUCCCACCUGCUGCCAGGCCUCACCAAAGCCAACUGCCACGGGGCCAUCUGGGCCUUUCCGAGACUGAGCGAGAUUGGGGCAGAGGGUGGGGGGCCAAGGUGGGAGAGCAUCCCACCCCGGGACUCUCUGAAAGCGACAGAUUGAGAAGUGAGCGGGCUCUGAGGCUGCAGAACCAGAAGUCUUUGCCCACAACUCCACUCUCCUUCUGCCCCAGUCUGUCCAGUACUUUCCAGGCAGAUAGGCCCCUCCAAGGUUCCUGAGUGCCCUCAGAUGGCCAGAACCCAGUUUCAGCUCUGGGAGCCUAAACCAGGCUGCAUCAGAGGCCAGGACCCAGAUCAUUCACUGUGAUACCCAGCCGACCAGAGCGUCACCCUCAGACACAUGCAGGCAUGCUGCUUUGCUCCCCUGGGGAGAAACUGUGUGAUUUCUCUCCCACCUCCUUCCCUCCACCAGAACUUUGCCCAGGUCUGAAGGUCGUGGCCUUGGGAAAACCAUCAGCCAAGGGGUCUGCCCACAGACUCUCCUGUGAGCAAAUGCAGGCACCUGAGCAGAACAACCGGUUAGUGAAUUGAAUGGAAAUAAAUGCUUUAGUUAUAAAAUGA